CCUAACAGAAAGGCAUCGGCAAAGAGUUCCAGGGCCGCAGAGUACGCGCGCGAAUAUGGCGGAUACAAGAUUGGGUCCCUCACUGUGCCUCAAUCUCCCCAAAAUUCCUCUCCAUGUUUCUUCCAGAACGUCUCUCUCCAUGGCUCUUCCUCGUUCCCAUUGCAAUGGUUCCUCGGAUCCAAAUCAUAACCCCAUCCAACCCUCUCUUCUAGUCUUCUCAGGUGGGACUGCAUUUAAUGGCGUAGUCGAGGAGCUCAAAAACUUUACGACCCGUGUAGCUCAUGUUCUUCCUGUUUCCGACGAUGGAGGAAGCACCGCUGAGAUUGUUCGCGUGCUUGGUGGUCCGGCUGUUGGAGAUAUACGGUCAAGAUGUUUGAGGUUAUCUGAUCAGAGUACGGCCGAGGCACUCGCGGUGCGCAGAUUGUUAGGUUAUCGUUUACCACUCGAUGCGCAGCAGGCCAAAUCGGAGUGGUAUGAUAUCGUGGAAGGAGAAAAUUCUUUGUGGGACGGUGUCUCAAAGCCCUACAGGGAAACUAUUCGAGCAUUUCUAGCCUAUUUUCAGAACCAGAUUCUUCGACGGUCUGAAAUGUUAUUUUGCUUCAGCAAUGGAAGCAUUGGGAAUUUCUUUUUUGCAGGCGCUCGUAUAUUUUUCCAGUCACUAGAUGCAGCAAUUUUUCUGUUUUCACGUGUUUCAGACAUCCCGUCGGACAGUCUUGUUCUUCCAGUGAUUUCCACUAAUGACAGGCUUACAUUAGGAUGUGAAUUAUGGGAUGGGACAAUAAUACGUGGUCAAAAUGAAAUCUCUCAUCCAACGACCGGACCUUCAAAGCUUAUUAAUAAGGGGAACAGUUCGGCUCCAGCACUUCCUACAAGAAUAAAGAGGGUAUUCUACAUGUCAAGUGAGGGUUGUAAUUUGCUGCAUGAGGUUUUCCCCGCACCAAAUCCUGUUGUCCUCAACCAGUUGAAUGACGUAGACUGCAUUGUUUAUGCUAUGGGAUCCCUGUUCACUUCCAUAUGCCCAUCACUGGUGUUGCUUGGAAUUGGUGAAAUCAUUUCAUCACGGUCCUGCCCGAAGGUGCUUCUAUUGAAUGGCACACAUGAUCGAGAGACUAGUGGUUUCACCGCUUCUUGUUUUACGACUGCCAUUUCAGAUGCUUUAAAUAGAACUUAUGGAGAGAAGCAUAAUUGUUUAAAUAACACUGCGGACCAGUACAUCAAUACCAUUUUGGUGCCGAAAGAUGGUGAGAUUCCAAUAGAUUCUCAAGCCUUGGCUGCACAAGGAAUCUUUGAUGUGAUUGUUGUUGAUUCCGUACGGGAUUCUAAAGUUGGCGUAGUAUUCGAUCCAAAAUCUUUGAUCCAAACUCUAGUAAAGUUGAUUGCAAGAUAUACAAGAUCACGUAUAACAGAACAGGUUUAAAUGACUGCGUAGGGGAUGCAGGGGUACGAACGCACUUGACUAUGCUACAACCAACCCAUUAUUGUUUCAGGUUUGAACUCUCGUAUAUCCUUAUAUCAAUUAUCCAAUGGCAAGGAUAAUUUGGCAUGUUCUUCAUAUGAACAUUAUGGAAUGCACUACAGGAGCAGACCCUCUUUUUAGCGUCUGGCUUUUUACUUGCCCUUGAAGAAUACAAGGUGCGAUCUUUACAAACAAGUUUGAUCGAUUCCUACCCAAGUAGUUCACUCUAUUAAUAUAUUAAAACUAUGAUUUAUAAGAUUGUUCAGGGACAUGGAAAAACCCUUCCUAGUCGCCUGAAACUUCGUUUAAUUAUGCUUCUAUCUAUCUAUAUUUUUUUCUUGUUAUGAUU